UUUGAAUCUUGGAAUAUAACACUAUGUGCUUUACCAUAUGAAAACUUUCUGAUCUCUUACAAUUUUAGGCAGACAGUGCAAGAAGACAAGGCUCUGAUUUACGAGGACUGGAAAGAGAAUAUUCUCCCCCUAUUGGAUUUAGCACCUUUAAAGCUAAAUCUGAAAUUCUUUGACAUAGAACAAUACUUUGCAGCAAAAAGUCUUAUAUCUUCACGAUCCUUUGAGAUUGAUGAUUACCAUGGUUUUGGCAUGGUUCCUUUGGAAGAUUUAUUCAAUCAUAAAACAGGUGCAGAAGAUCUACACUUCACUGCUAUGUCCUCUAAUUAUGAAUCAGGUAGUGAUGUUGAUGGUAGUAAUAAUGAUGAGGGCAUUGUUAAGGAAGAAGAAGCAUUGGUUCAAAAUUCCUCUACGGAUAUGAUUGCAUCAAUUGAUGCUAAUGUUGGGAACAAUAUUGAUAGUGAUUUGGAGAGUUCUUCAUUUAGCAAGGAUGAUACUUCUAUGCUGGAGAUGAUUAUGAUAAAAGAUGUCAGUAGUGGAACUGAGGUAUUUAAUACUUAUGGGCUAUUGGGUAAUGGUGCUUUGCUUCAUAGAUAUGGAUUUACCGAGCAAGACAAUUCCUAUGAUAUUGUAAACAUAGACAUGGAGCUGGUACUUCAAUGGUGUUCUUCAGCUUUUUCUGACCACCAUAGUAGAGCAAGAGUUUCCUUUUUGAUUGGUAUUAGUUGUUGGGAAUUGUCCUGA